UGCCGUGACUUGAAAAAGUGGAGAGUUUUUCCUCCUUCACAAGAUCAGAAGUAAUAUAUAUAAAACCUGAAACCAUAAAAGCUAAAUGCUUAGAGUUUUAUGAUUGAUAAACUGGAAGUAUCUAUUUUUAUUUUUUAUUUUUGUAAAAGGCUGUCAUUUAGAGCGAUCAAGAAGACCAGAUUAGAUUCAAGGAGAAAUCAGAUCAAACUAUCAGCGUUAGCUACUCUCGGUGGAUAUUCGCUGCCUCCAGAAUUACGCGCUCUAUUUCUUUCGGGAACGGCUACUGAAGAGCAAAACGGAAGGGAGCAAAACGUCCUGCGUAUUUGUAAGCGUCUGUUUCUUCUUCCUUCGGGCUCCUCUGCACGCGCUCAGAGAAUCUGUCGCAACGGGCCGGCCGCUGGCCUCGAAAACAACCUGGCUCGCGCGGGGAAGCGCACUGUCCCCGAAAACCGGACCAACCAGCCAAUUGGGUGGCGCUCUGGUUACUCCCUCCCUGCCCUCCCCUUUGUUCGGCCAGCCUCUCUCCCUCUCCUGUAGCAGCGCAGCAGGCGCCGCCGCGUCGCACCUGCCGCAACAGGGACCAGCGGACCAGCCGCCCGCCGGCGCCGCCGUGGCGUUGCUCCCUCGCUGAAAGUUGCGCUGCGAGCGAUCAGCUUUAGGAAUCCGGAUGCGCUCGGAGGAAGCAGCAGCAGGAGCCACCGCCGCGCCACCUUUGACAGGAUCGCUCGGUGUUGGGACGGCGCACCGGGGUCUCCCGCGGCAGAAAGGGCGAGCAGAUCCGGAUCCCGAGAUGGAAUCCCCGCACCUCGAACUGCUGGAGUCCCCAGAGGGCUGUCCCUCCCCUCUGGAGCUCAAGUCUGCUCCCAGUAAGAAGAUGUGGGUCAAGCUCCGAGCUCUGUUGCGGUAUAUGGUGAAACAGCUGGAGACAGGAGAGGUGAAUAUUCAGGAGCUGAAGAAGAACUUGGAAUAUACAGCUUCUUUGCUUGAAGCAGUUUACAUUGAUGAGACCAGGAAGAUUCUGGACACAGAAGAUGAACUCCAAGAGAUCAAAUCUGACGCUGUGCCCUCUGAAGUGCGAGACUGGCUGGCCUCCACUUUUACCCAGCAGACCCGGUCCAAGGGGCGCCGUUCGGAGGAAAAACCCAAGUUUCGCAGCAUUGUGCAUGCUGUUCAAGCUGGCAUCUUUGUGGAAAGGAUGUUCCGUCGAACGUACACAGCUGUGGGACCCAAUUAUUCCCAAUCGGUCAUCAACUGUCUGAAGACUCUUGACCUCUGGUUUUUUGAUGUCUUUGCACUGAACAAGGUGAGCGAAGACCAUGCCUUGCGCACAAUUGUCUUUGAACUGCUCACCCGCCACAAUCUCAACAGCCGCUUCAAGAUCCCCACGGUGUACCUCAUGACUUUCCUGGAUGCACUGGAGGCUGGUUAUGGGAAAUAUAAGAACCCUUAUCACAAUCAGAUUCAUGCUGCUGAUGUUACCCAGACUGUACAUUGCUUCCUGCUUCGCACUGGCAUGGUGCACUGCCUGACAGAGAUUGAGGCCCUAGCCAUUAUCUUUGCAGCUGCAAUCCAUGACUAUGAACACACGGGUACCACCAACAGCUUCCACAUCCAGACCAAGUCAGAUACAGCCAUUUUGUACAAUGACCGGUCAGUUCUGGAGAACCACCACAUCAGCGCCGUCUUCCGCAUGAUGCAGGAAGAUGAGAUGAACAUACUUAUUAACCUGGCCAAGGAUGAAUUUGUGGAGCUCCGGUCCCUCGUGAUUGAAAUGGUUCUGGCGACAGACAUGUCCUGUCACUUCCAGCAAGUCAAGUCCAUGAAAACGUCCCUGCAGCAGCUGGAACGGAUUGACAAAUCAAAAGCCCUCUCCUUGUUGCUGCAUGCAGCUGAUAUCAGCCACCCCACCAAGCAGUGGCCGGUGCACUGCCGAUGGACCAAAGCUCUCAUGGAAGAGUUCUUCCGCCAGGGAGACAAGGAAGCUGAGCUGGGAUUGCCCUUCUCCCCAUUAUGUGAUCGCACAUCCACACUGGUGGCCCAGUCACAGAUUGGUUUCAUUGACUUUAUUGUGGAACCCACUUUCCAAGUUCUGACAGAUGUUGCAGAGAAAAUGGUCAUCCCAUUAGUGGAAGAAGGUUCCAAGAAUAAAUCAUCCAGCCAGCAGAGCAGUUCCACCUGGCGUCAGACAUCUGUAGAUGAGCACGCUGAGCUGGGGGACAUCAAUGCUGACAUCAACAGCUUCCGUUCCACCUGGAGCAAGUACAUCCAAGAGAACAAGCAGAAGUGGAAGGAACGAGCUGCCAGCGGAAUCACCAACCAGACAUCUAUUGAUGAGCUCUCACCUUGUGAGGAGGAGGCCAACACACCUGAAAAUCGGCACAAUCAGAAUGGCAAUGUGGAAUAGCACUGCGUAUGGGAGGAACAAGGUUUUCAACACAGUUACUCCAAAGUCUUCGAUACCAUCGACUCAGCACCAUCCGCACAGGGAGGGAGCCCCUCCCCAGCUCGAGAAGGGUGUGACAUGAAUGUGACCAUCAAUACUACUAGUAAUAAUAUUAAUACUGAUAAAUGCAAGUGUUACCGAGUCAACAAUGUCGACAUCACACAGUACACACUGCCUGCCCCAUCCCUGAGUUGCAGAGAAUGAAAGACUGAGACCCUUCCUCCCCCUCGUAUAGCUUCCUCCCAUCCCUGAGUGCAAGUGGGCAAAAGGCCAUGGUAACACUGGGACUGGUCACCCAAUUCCCUUUCGUGCCCAACAGCCCAGGUAAGGCUUUUCACUGCCAAACCCGCCAAGCGACUGCCAAGGCAACUCUCACCACUUUCUGCCCCCCUUUUAAACAAAGAAUGGCGGUGAUUGUACUGUAGGUGAAGAGUAUGAGGAAGGGUUUGUUUGUUUUUUUAACUGAGCAUGGCAGGCAUGUAUGUGUCUGAGGGUGGGGAUUCUCAUCCUUGCAUGAUGGCCUCUGAAGUAGGCUUCAAGUGGCUGGAUCCCAGCAAUCCUUCACCCCUAAUGAAAUUCAGCCCCGUAGGGCAACAUCCUGCUGUCUCUGUCAUCCAGCCUCUUGCAUGGGUAAAGGUCCUCCCUGUCCUCUGUCUCCCGGUUUUGAAGACAUCCAAUUUUCAACUGCUGUGGCAUUAACUCAGAGCGACUCAGAUCUCAAAUACCUUUACCUCUCCCUGCUUUCAGGCAACAGCUUAUACUGUGACCAAAGGCUGUAACCUCAGCUGCUGUCCCCAACAUCAUUAAAUGUUGCCCUGUCCCAGCCAGUCACUCCAGCAUUUCAGAGAGAUAAGCAAGUGAAGGUAAUCUUCUCUUUCGAAGCAGAAGUUCUUCAGUCCUGAUCUUGAAAUUCAGUUGUGUUUUCUUUACCUACUCAUAGACUCAAUCCCUGCUAUUAUGAAUUUGCAGUAUGGAAGCCAGGACACUUUGGACCAGCAAGAGAUUUCGCAACUGCUAGGAACAUCUGAGGAGCAGAAAGUUCACAGUGUCUCAAUUCAGCCUUCCCCAACCUGGUGCUCUCCAUUUGUGUUGCUCUACAACUUUGACCAUCUUUAUUCGGCACGGCCAUUUAGAAUUGACAGGGAUGGCAAGGGAGAGGUGGGUGGGAGACAGAGGAGGCUGGCUGGGGAUUGAAGUGAAUUGUAGUCCAACUUGUUUAGAAAGCAUUCAGUUGGGGACCCCUGGGAUAGUAGUGUGUCCUUUGAGCCAUCAAUCUGAUCUGUGGGCAUCAGGAUUUCAGCAUCUGUUUUUUCAUUGAGAUUGUGGGCUUAGAUGCUAUUUUGACAGAAAGCCUGUCUCUCUUGUGUCUAUGGAGAUUCUCAAUCAUCCAGGUCAUGGUUGUCCCAAAGGUGCUUUUUCAAAAGGCAACUGUACUUUCUUGCGUUUUUUCCUUGAAAACGUUUUGCUUCUCAUCCAAGAAGUUUCUUCAGUUCUGGCUGAAUGGUGGGGAGCAGAAGGAUUUAUAUUCCUUAGUGGUCAUCUGGUUGCUAGCAAUCUGAAGGUUUUUCAUGUGGUGUCUUGCAAACAUGGAUGUUACUCUGCCUAGUUGAUAUCAGGAUGAAAAAGAGAGAUCUCCUGCAGACAAAGGGAGUUCUGAGAAGGGCAUCCCACCAGCAGAAGAGAACAAAAGACCAGGGUUUAUUUAACCUGAAUCGGGAGUACAGAGUAAAGUUAGGGUUCUGUUAAGUAAUAACAUCAUACUUGUCACCAAGGGCGUAUGGUCUUUGUCUCAAGCUGCAGGUCAUUCCAUAUAUCUGAAAUGUGAAGAUAUGUCUUCCAGAUCUAAUGACUGGUUGCUACUUAAGUCCUGGCACCUCUUUCAGAUUUAGCAGCAAAUUAGAACAGAAGCAUGGUUUUGACUUGUUGAGGAUCCAUAUUACAUGGAUGUGGCUCUAGGACUGUGGAGCAUUGUCAGACUCAUAGCAGAAACAUCUUUGAAGUUCUUCUACAAGAUUGAGAUAUCUUUAUUAUAUUACUAUUGAACAGCGAGGUUGGUUAAUUCCCAUUUUGGGCACACUCUCUUUCACCUACACUGACGUUUGCUAAAUUACAGUAGUCUGAGCUGCCAAUAAUGCUACACAACUACAAGCGUACACAGCAGGAAAUGCUACAGUCAGGAUAAGGGCAUUGGGUGCAGUGGUAGAUGUCAAGAAGCUUGAGAAAUGGCUUGGGAGAUGUAAUUUGAAAAGCAAAUUGGGCAUAUGGGAAAGCAAUUGUGUGAUUCUACAGCAUUUGCUAAUCUGUGGCAGGAACUUGGUUACUCCAUGUUCAAGUACAUCUUAGGGCAUAAUUAACACAUGGCAACUGUGAGAAAUCUUAGGGAGAGCUAAGGAAUAUGAAAACAUGUACAGAGCAGCUCAAGAGCACCCUGAGGAAUUCACAAAAUGAAAUCUCCCCAAAUCAAACUCUCAAUCUGUUAACAACAACUAGGACACCAGUGGAGAGUAUGUAUUCUUUUUUAAAAAAAUAUGUUUUAUUAAUUUUUUAACAUAAUCACCUCAAUAUUUGGUAAACUGUGUGUUAUCUGGGUUUACAUUUAAGAAACAUUCACUAACAGUUGAUUUCUAUAAUCUAUAAUCCACAUAAUAACUUUACUUGAUUUCCUCUUUUUCCCAUAAUGUUCUCUUUUGCCAACCUUAAGUUAAUACAAUUUUUGUUAUUUUAGUGAAUGACGAUUGAGUAUAAAAGUUUUCUAAUAUUUCUACAGAUAAUAAUCACAUCACCUUUUCUAUCUAGUCAUUCUGGUUGUCUCAUCAUAGAUCCUAUUUACAGUUCUUGUUUACAUUUGUUUUUCUCACAAUGUUCA